AUUAGGCCGGGGUCCUUGUGACAUGAGGUCCUAUUUAGUCUGGGUCAGGUUCAGUGCUGCUUCAGGAGGGAAACUUCGGGGGCUUUGUCCCGAGACAAAGAAAAUCGUCACCGCCGCGGAGCCACCGUUCUCUGAGGGGUGAAUUUAUCGCAGAAACCCAAAAUAUGUCUGGCAUAGCCUUGAGCAGACUCGCACAAGAGAGGAAAGCUUGGAGGAAGGACCACCCUUUUGGUUUUGUGGCAGUACCAACAAAAAAUCCAGAUGGUACGAUGAACCUGAUGAACUGGGAAUGUGCCAUUCCAGGCAAGAAAGGGACCCCUUGGGAAGGAGGACUGUUCAAACUACGGAUGCUUUUUAAGGAUGACUACCCCUCCUCGCCACCGAAAUGUAAAUUUGAGCCGCCUUUAUUUCACCCGAACGUAUACCCGUCAGGCACAGUGUGUCUGUCUAUCUUAGAAGAAGAUAAGGAUUGGAGGCCAGCAAUAACGAUCAAGCAGAUCUUGUUAGGAAUUCAAGAACUUCUAAAUGAACCAAAUAUCCAAGAUCCAGCGCAAGCAGAGGCAUACACAAUUUACUGCCAAAACAGAGUUGAAUACGAAAAAAGAGUCAGAGCACAAGCCAAGAAGUUUGCGCCAUCAUAAGCUACAACCAUGUGGCAUCUUACAAUAAAAAAAAAAGGAAGGGAUUGGUUUGGCAAGAACUUGUUUACAAAUUUUUUUGCAAAAUUGAAUGCUAAAUACAAUUAAAAGAAAAAUUCUCUUAGGGGAGGGGGUCGUAUGUGUGCCAUUUCCCAUUUUUGCCACUGUAUAGAGUUCUAAAUUUGCUGAAUAUCCCCCCCGUUUUUUCAUACAGGGUCUCUUCCUUCAGUCUUUUUGUAUUUUGAUUGUUAUGAUGUAAAACUUGCUUUUAUUUUAAUAUUGAUGUCAGUAUUUCAACUGCUGUAAAAUUAUAAACUUUUAUACUUCUCUAAAAUUCACUAGUAAUCUAUAGUUUCCUUUUGCUGUCUGAUGCGGGCAUGCUUUAAAAUGCUUAGAAAUGGUAUCUAGCCUCUAGCUGGCUGUAUUUAAAACAAUGUCAUAACUUCUACCCCCUCCCCUACCCCAAGUUUCUUUAAUGUCUUUCAGAAACUAGGUUGAAUCACAACCUAGAGCCUCGGAGAUUCACACCCAGUCAGCAUCUUGCUUCUGCAUCACUUCCUUUAUGUUUAUAUGGCGUUUUUUGUCCGUGUUGCUGUUUAGAUUAAAUAAACUGUUUAUAUAUAAA